AUCAAGCAAAGUCUGCAGCAAGUUUCGGCUAUCCCCCGCCAUGGUGCGCACUAGUCGACUAGCCGCACGGACUUUUCCCUCUACUUACACGAACCAAAUGGAAAAACCUCUAUUUUGAAAUCGUGAAUUUUGUGCCACUGGCGGGUUGAGUGUGUGCUUGUGUGCGUGUGUGGUGUUUGUUUACAAAAAUACAAACGCAGCUACCUGUCGGUUUUAGAUUGUUUCAUUAGAAAACUCAGUGCCAAAGAGAAUAUGAACUCAAGUUAGUUACCAUGGCAAGUGGAAAUAGUGAAGAUGCUGAAAUUGGCUUGGAUUAUGGGCAGUAUUGCUUGGAAGAUAUUCCUGCUGCUCAAGCAAAUCGAUUUGAAUUUGGAAAAGGAUAGGAUGUAUCCUUUUUUCAAGAUAUCAGGGAAAAAUAUCAAGGAAGAAAGAACAAUAAUCGAAGGAGAACUCAACAUCCAACCCUUGUUCAAGGCGUUCCAAGAUAUCCCACCCACCCAGCACUUUGGUUGGAUUUCAAGAAGCGCAAAGGGACCUGCAGCUCGAGGCGUACUUCUAUACAUGAUAUAAAAACAAAAACAGCUAUAGAAGAUGGCAUGGAUCAUUUUACACUGUCAGCAUCCAAAAACACAAAGGAGUGGUCUACUGAUGUUGGUGGGUAUGGAAACCUUGCCAAUGAAUUCAUGCAAACUCCAGAGUGCCAUGCUGCAGUGAUACAUGGACUAGCAUCGUAAGAAAACACCAAUUGGCGAGAGAGAAAGAUCCAGAAUAGAUUUCCCACCACAAGGAAAGCGAGAUCCAACGCAAAAAAAAACGCGUGAAAACAAUGUAUGGCAAAUCUUUAGGUCGUUCGACUUCAAUACGGACGGAGGCCGUAACUGCAAUUGCCAGUCAUCAAAAUAAUGGAUUCGAAAUGAUCAGAGGUAAUUCUGAAGGUCAUAUUCGAUGAUUGAUACGCUUCAUCAAAUGAAUAAUUUCUUUUUGUAGACUUAGAUGGAGAUGUGGCCCGAUUUAGUACCCCUUCUCCUAACGAACAUGAUGUAUUGCUAGAAAGUCGUGAUCCUGGUCAUCAACAAUUAUUGCCUGAUGUUCAUGAAGAAAAUGGAUCGCAUCCAGAAACUUGGCCUAAAAAUUUUCAAUCCGCUGGAACUGAUAUUUUUGAUUCAGGGAGUGAGCAGUUUGUUUCAAAUAUUACUACGCGACCGAUGGCAACUUGUGUAGCUAUCUAUGGGUGUGAUUCAUCGAGACCGAAUUCCAGUAGUCCAAGUGGUGAGCUAGUUGGAUCGACUACCACCACAGUUCCAAAUGCUAAAAACGUGCCGUCAUUGCAUCUGAAGAAUUCACAAAAAGUUGCUUAACCUUAACUAUGCAACUGCAACGUGAUAAAUGUCGAAUGAUAGAGAGUCAACUGACAGUUAAGGAUGAGAAGCCUGCAUCAUUAGUCAGUCAGACUGUAGGUGAAAUGAAAAUUAAUCAAGCUGAUUAUCGACCAUUUGUUGUGACCUUUGGGUCACAUCAGCCAUCACCAAUAUUGACUCUGCCUCUCAAUGUACCAGUGGCUGCAGCAGUCUUCCUUUCCCAGGGUACUAUUCUUGCCAACUCAGAUCCAUCAACUCUUCAGAUAAUCAAACCAAAGCCCAAUGAAAAUCCGCCUACUGUGGAAGGAAGUAAAAUGUCUUCUCCGGUGUCCUCUGUGAUACCAAUUCCAAGCACAUUCCCUAUUGCCGAACCGACAGCAGGAGCGGUACAUGUCGAACAAUCCCGCAAUGAUCACACAACAACCGAAUACGUCGAAAAUAGUGAGCAUGCUCAUCUUCUACCUUCCCCGUGUUUCGUACCGAAUCCGCUAGAAGGGAAGAAAUCGCCUUACCCUAAAAUUAUUCGGAGAAGUUUUCAACCAGCUUAUGCUUCUCUUUCAAUUGGUGGAACGCCUCUCUUGACCUCUGAAUUGACCGUAGCAUCCUUCGGAAAUAUGAGAGAUGUGAAUGCUUAUGUGGAUUUCAAUAUAGAUAUUCACAUGUCUACAGACACCACCAAAACAUGCAAGCUAGUCGAAGGAGUUGAAAAUGCUUUGUCAGCAAUGCCUCCUCUGAUCCCGAUUGUAAUGGACGAAGAACUUUUUCUAGCUAACCAUUCGUCAUUUCCUGAUAAAUGUCCGAAUGGUAAUAGACAACCUAACGUUGAUGCUAACUCCCCCUCUACUGAGCCUUCCUUGGUAAAUGAACUGGAAACCCAUAGUAAUCAAUUUGCAGGCCCGGGUGAGCUACAACUUCUACUUUCCCCACCAUCUGCCGGUCAGGAUAAGUCUCGUAAUCAUCCACCCGCUGCAAGUCCAAGCAAAAUUGCUUCACCUCCAACGCUACCAACACCUGGGCCUACAAAUCUUAGUCUACUACUCCAACAACCCAACCGUCUGCCACACCGGAUGAUCCUGCAAUCAAAAAAAAAAAAAGAAAACAAGAAAAGGGACGGAAGAACAUCACAGUGCUUAUGCAAUAUAAAAGGCCAUUUUAGUAAAAAAUUGUCCCCAAAAAAAGGGAUACGGUACUGCAUCAAUCCCGCAAUGUAACCCUGGCCCUCAGCUUGUCCUCGUGUUGGCUUCACGACCAAGGGUCUAUCACCAAGCAGUUC